AUGUCGAAAGAGUUAAAGAAUAAGAGGAAAGCAGAGAAGAAGGCUGCGGAGAAGGCUGCUUCUGAGGCUGAAGCGUGGAAGUCAUCCUCCAAGACCGUACUUGGCCGCCUUACCUAUCGUCUCAAAGAUCUCACCGACCUCCAGAUCAUCCGAGUAGAGUUCUGGUCCUCGAAAUCUCCCGAUGAUUAUGUUAGGAUAUACAGUCGCAAGCACCAAGAACCCGCCUGGAAGGAGCUUUUUGAAGACGCUUUUCUGGAGUACAAGGAUAUUGCUGCCAUCAACAAGAAGCCGGUUGGUAGGAAACAUGAGUGUCAUCUCAUUAUUCCAUCCCAUUCGAUACGAAACAUCCGCUUGGGACGAUAUCCUCUCCAGACCAGAUAUCCUGGAAACGACAAGCUUGGUCUGUCCGGGGGGCCGAUGGAAUGUCGAGUUACUGGUGUCUCUUUGCUGGAAAGCAACGAUGACAAAGACCGCAAGCUCUAUUGCAAGUCCCUGGAUUUGUUAAUACAGAGUCGCCACGCAAUUAUGGAUCAAAGUCUUGGAAAUCUUUCUAUGAAUCGGGAGUUUCUCAGGAAGAUUCCAGACUCCAAGGCCGCGCCCCCAGAAUCUAAGACAACAUCCAUAACGCCUUCGAUUGAAGGAUACACGCAAAAGUCAAGCACUGAUUCGCAGCAGAUGAAGGAGCGCCUGUACCCGCUAUACAUACGGAGCCGUCUGUCAAUCGAUGCUGAAGAGAAAUUGCUGCACAUGGUAUUUGAUCUGACCUGUGCUCUUCCAACUACCUGUGGAAAUGUCUAUGAAAUACUUCUGGAUGUGUUCGGGGAUCACAUGAACGAAGAGAGCAUCGGACGCCUGCAACCCAUUAUCAGGGACCUUCUGGUUGGUCUUCAAGUUCAGCGCAACUACGAGCAUACGAAACCAAAAACCACCAGCGAAAGCAGGAACACAUGGUCCGAGCCGUUCCUGAUCCGUGAGAUUGUGUUCGCCAAAGAUGUUGGGGAGAAGAUUAAGGAUUCCGAUGGAAAGGAAAUCGAUGUCUAUGGCUAUUUCAAGAAACACUACAAUCAAGACAGAGAUAUCGAACACCAGUAUCUUCCUCUUAUAGGUGACGGCCGCGGCUCCUACUUCCCGAUGACCAAAGUAAAACUUCCUGAAAAGGUGCAGGUUUUUCCUAAAAGCGCCGACAUUCUGUCCCGACCCCUCCGAAAAAAGAUCCAUGAUCUCGAACUUCUGGAAACGGAUGGCCAGAAAACCAUGGAAAAAAUGGGUGAAACAUUCUGGGGUCUGUUGAUAAAGCAACAACAAGACGUCAAUAUGGGAAAGGGGAUCAUACAGACCGCAAAGGGAACAGUGUCAACUCAGCAACAGCCCAACGCGGCACUCAAACCAACCGAUCGGUCUGGAACAAAAGACGAACUGACCCAGCAGACUGAACCGGAAUCUGAACCAAACGAGCUGCUUGAGAGAACCGGAAAGGAAGAAAACCAGUGGAUCAGCAACGACCUCUGGAACCUGGCGCUCUGA